ACAGAAAGAGGAAGCGAAACAGAGAGAACAGAGUAGCGAAUGAAGCGAUGCAGAAAAUCAUAUAUUUUGCUAGGAGUCCAGGUGACGUCACGAGGUACGGUUUAUUUAUAAAACUACCGACUACUAACGAGACGUUCGCUGUCGCACUUUGAGUCUACAGUCUACUCGUAUACACCUUGGCACGUCAUAUAUAAAUCGCCGGAGGCCGACGACGUGUUCCAAUCCUCUUGCCGUUGUACUCGUCUUCACAGGGUACCCACUUUAGAGGCGUGCCAGACAGCCGACGACUCCAAUCUCCGGAUUGUUGACCUUCGUUUUACCUGACAACGUGCUUUAUUUUUGCGAGCGGAUCGUGUCUAUCACGUACUUAUCCGAAACGUGACAGGUAUCUAAACACAGAGGUAGAGUAAGAGGCAAACAUGAGUUUACAGUGGACCCUCAUAGCUGGUUUCCUCUAUAUUGAGGUUGCAAUCGUCCUCCUCCUGGUGCUUCCGGUAGCCUCACCAACCAGAUGGCAAAAGUUCUUCAAGUCUCGCUUUUUGCAAAGCUUAAAUAAUCAGGCUUCUAUUUAUUUUGUGGUCUUGCUGGGUGUUCUGGUUCUCUUUCUACUGGAUGCCAUACGAGAAAUGCGGAAAUACUCUACGAGCUUAGAUCACACAGACCAUCAUCAUCAGUUAAAUGUUGAAAUGCAAGAAAACAUGAGAUUAUUUCGCGCGCAGAGGAAUUUCUACAUAUCCGGCUUUGCGCUGUUUCUAAGCUUGGUGAUACGUCGUCUUGUCAUUCUGAUAUCUGCUCAAGCUUCUUUACUUGCGCAAAACGAGGCAGCCAUGCGGCAGGCACAGUCGGCGACAACCACAGCCAGAAGCUUGUUGUCCCAGAGAACAAUUGGGGAGAGUGCGCAGAAUGAUUCCAACGAAGCACACGACAAAGCUGUCUCGGAAUUGAAAACUCAAAUUAAGGAGUUGCAAGCGAAGAAUCAGGAGCUUGAGAGUAAUUUGACUAAAGAAAGGAAGGAUAAAGAAGCGAUAAAAUCGCAGGCGGAAUCACUCACGAAGGAAUACGAUCGUUUGACUAAGGAAUAUACGAAACUUACACAAUCGAGUGGCGAUAAGAAAACUGAUUAAAUAAUUAAGGUUUACUCAUUUUUCUUUUUUGUUUUUUAAACCAUCAUUUGCUCAUGAAUCCUAAAAUUUUGUUACGUUAUAUUAUAAUUUGUAUUGUAAAUUUAAACAAGAAUCACACUCAUUUGAUAUUAAAACAUAUUCAUAUAUACUUUCGUUAAGAAGUUGUACGCAAAUAUUAUUACUAUUGUGUGGUGGUAUAAUGUGCCUCGGAAUAUAUUGUACAUCUCCUCUUUCCAAUUUUGUGCACUGCUUGUGUACAAGGCUUGCAACCCGUCUUAAUUCGUAAUAUAUUACCGCUUAAUUUUUUAGAGAUAAUUGAUAAUGUAAUUCUAAGAAUUUCAUAAAUUAAAGUUUUCGUUAUAGUUGCUUUGUAUUUCUUUUUAGAGUGAUAUAUAAAAAUUUAAGUCUGUUCUUUUUUGCUGAACUUGCACAGUUUAUCUUCUCUUUUUUUCUUCUCGAACAUGAAAAGAAAAAAGAAAGAUGAAACAUGCAAGAAGUUCAGCUAAAAAGAACAGGUCUCUUGAUGGCAGAUGUGUCAUCAACUGAUAUCAUUUUAUACUGUACGAAAAUAAUUGAUUACUGCACUCUCUAUAUACAUUCGGCAAUAUUA